UUUUCCCUUGGCGGGACAACACAAAAGUGGCAAAAUUAAACGGCAGCGAUCCGCGAAUUUCCACGUUGAUCUAUGUUUUCCGUGCGUGUCGUCCAACAAGCCGUGUAGCACCGGGAACUACCGCUGGGUUGUGUUGUGCGACCGGAAUGAACAGUGUCCCGCUGGCGCCCUUCCGAACACCGUUUUCCGACAAGUUUUCCUCCCGCGCCUACCUGUUUUCAUGUUUGUGCGUCGUGACUAACAGCUUGUGUGGCGGGAAAAAGCAUUUUGCGAGCGCUCAUCGAGCGACAGCAGCCGGCGGAAUGCAGGAUUGCUGAGCCUUUUGCCGUGAUUUAUGACUGUACGAUGAUAAGUGGCGUUGUCGUGAGGAAGAAAAAGAAGAAAAAGAGAUAGCAAACACAGUGUCCCGGAGGAGAAGGUGGAAAUGGAAAACGGGUCACAGCAAACUGAGCCCAGCGAGGCCAUCAAAAAGUGGGUAGGAAAGAAAUCCAGUUUAACCGUGCCGCCCCCGAGGUUCAGGAUUGAUGACGAUGAUGAGGGUAAUCGGCGCGUGGAUAAAUCGCUGACUCUGCUCACGCUCGGUAUGGUGAAGAUGUUGCGCGAGUCCCCGGAUGGGUCGCUGUUCUUGGGAGAGGUGGCGAAGACGUUGCGCGUGAAUCAAAAACGGCGGGUGUACGAUGUCACCAACGUGCUAGAGGGUAUCGGAUUGAUCGAGAAAACUGGCAAAAAUCACGUCAGAUGGAUCGGAGAAGAGCUGACAAGCGAAUCGUGCCGCGGGACGGCCCGCCAGAUCGGUAUGCACAUCAAGGAGCGCCGAAAGCUGGAACUUCGCGAAGCAUGGUUCGAUGCGAAGCUGCAGCGCAUGCGGAAGAACGUCGAACUCGUACUGAAGGAUGCCCGGGCCCGUUCCUAUCUGUACGUCACGAGUGAUGAUCUGACACGUGUGCUACCGUUCGAGCGCCGGCACAUGCUCAUCCUGUGCAGCGAUUAUCCAUCACCCGGGAAACAGUCUACGGCCGAGCCAUUCCCGAGCCAAUCUUCCAUGAUAUACCGUCGAAUGCAGCGAGUACUAAAGGUACGCACUAAGCAACGAGAUCAGCCGUUGGACAUGCUGUUGCUACAAACUCCUGAUGGCGCCUGCUACACGCGCCCCAGUAGGCGAGCAGCGAUAUUCCGCGAAGACCCUGCCUCCUACGUGCGGCUCGACAUGAACGAAGAGCAGCUAUGGAAGAUCGGGGACCAGCAGUCGCCAACGAACGGUACGGAAGGGCCGGACAACGGUGCAACCGCAUCGGAAGAACUGCGAGAAGAGAAGAAACCGGAAGGGCAGGAAGAUGGUAGCAAGGACGAGUGCGACGACGAUGCCGAGGAGGAAGAAUUGAGACGGGAGCGACAAAGAAUGGAACUAGCACGGUUACUACUCGAUGAGCGAACGGACCGCACCGGCUACAGCCAGUAUCAAGCGAGGCAGUGGUCAACGAAGGAGCAAGAAACGGAACGCGGUGACUUCUCGACGCCUUUCAUCCUGCUUGAACUGAAACGAUACGGUGGCUACCCGGUGGCCCUGACGGAGGAUGAUGGUGUGCAUGAGCUAUUCGAUCUCCCCUAUCCCUCCGGCGGCUGUGAGGAACUAAUCGGAAAAGUAAAAGAAGAACCGCCAGAAGAUAGCACUGAUGUGCAACCGUCCGCCACCAUUCAGCCAACGUAGUCGGCUCUACACUCGAAGCCAAAAACACAAAAAAAAAUGGGAGAAAAGCAAUAAUUCAUCCUCUAUCGAUGGUUUCCAUGGUAGCACGAAAGAGAAGGUCUUCACACAACUUCACUUGAUGCGAUGUGAUGUGGGGGAAACGGGCACGAUCCUUGUGUGCCUUUGUGACCAUUAUGCAUCUCCACCCAAAAUUAUCGUGCUUUUUAUAAAAAAUGUUUUAUGUAUUUUUGAUCGAAAUUCCUCAAAAAAAACCCCCUCUUCUACGUUCAUCGCAAAACAAUCCACUAGCUAUUAGGUGUCAGAAAAAGGAGUUGACUCUUUUUUUGUUACAUAAGUUGUAAGUUGAUGAAUUUUUAUGGGUGAACUCGUGGGCCGCGCACAUGCCAAGCGGGGGGAUUGCCAUGUUGGUGGCCGGCUCUGACUGAUUCGAUUUGCGUUCUUUUCUCCAUCGUGGAAGCGCACGGUUCUUACUAAAACGUAACCACUAAUGUGCACCAAGGGAGAUAGUGAGUUUCAACUUCAUUUUACGAUAGCCAAUCAAUCAUCUUGUUCACAGUGGAUUUGUUAAGAUAAGCUACUAAAGUGAAUGGACCUAGAUAAUGCGAAAUGUAGUCAAUAGCAGCUAUGGACAAAUUUAAUAAAUCAAAAAGGUUUGUGACGAUA